CAAAAUAUAAUCUUUUACACAGAAUUAUUGAUUCUGAAAUUCUAAUGAUUUUACAUUUUUUGGUUUUUAUAGUAGAUGGUAACCAUCUGAUUAAGGAAUUUUUCUUAGUGGUAAAAAUAUAUUUGACACCCCUUUAAACGAGAAUGGAACAGCUCGCCAAAACGCAUCUUCAGCGACCGGUGCUGAUAUGUAGAAUAGGCUCGGCUCCUCUGCUCCUUCAUGCUGUGUUGAAUUUGAGGAUUUUUCCACCUUUCGUCAAAACCAAGUUUUUGAACAUACAGAAAAAUGUUGCUCGUGACACCCAGCGGAGAUUCCUACUUGAGCACCCGAAGCUACUCCAGACGGGGGUUCAGCGUGCCCAGAUUUUACGAUGACACAUUCGUCCCCCGUUACGUCCCCACCCACAGACAGUUUCUGGACACAAGUGGGGAGGAGAACGCAAUCCGCAAAAAUGUCAAUCGGGAACUCAUGCUGACCAGUCACUUCGUAGAUGACGCCUACGACUUGGCAUCAAGCUCACACAAGCGUGACGAGGAGGUUCUUAAGCAUGCUUCACAGGCCAUUCCCCCGUCAUCAACAGCAAACGAACCUUUGCCCACUACACAUCUGAAGGCUUCCGCUCCACCCAAACCCUUUAGGCGUUUUCAGAUCGCAGAUUCUUACAGAGGGGCCCUGCCACAGGAUACUAAAGCCAAACGGGGCAUUUCCAUGCCCCCUUCGUUCCGAUCUAACAAAAAGAGGGGACCUUGCUCCCCAUACGAAUGGUCGUCACAAGCUACGCGUGCUUUAGCAUGCGCACGCAAUAUUAGGGAAUCAGCAAGGCAGGAAACAGGAGGUUCUUUAACAUCUUCUCCUAUGAUAUCCCCAUACCAAAGCCCGAGGGCAUCUCCAGAUAGGGAAUUUGAUGACGACGGCAGAGGGAGGAGUAGAAAACCAAAACAUCGGAGUGGGAGUCAUUUUUCAAAAUUGUUACAAUUACGAAAAAGACCGGAUAUUCAAACCUAUAGGCCUGGUCUCGAUUCGGAAGCGGCUUCUGAAGAUCAGAGUGACUAUGAAUAUGAAAGUAGGUAUGGAGAUCAGGAUGAAUAUGCUGAAACACCUGGGGAAUGUUUUUACAUAGUGCAAAACCGUCGAUCUCCCAGUCCCGAAGAAGAGUAUGUGCCAUUUGCCCCCAGGCGCCGUGUAGCGCUUGACGACGAUGAAGGAGACGGAUACAAGUCAAAAGUACCCGAUAUUUCUUCCGACUUUUCCAUCACACCUUAUACUGCCCCUAAGUCAACAGAAGUUCAGCAAUCGGCUGUAUCAAAGGAUCUUCUCUUCCAUAAGGUUGUUGCAGAAACGGCAGCAAGAGCAAGAAAGUUGUUAGCAGAAACCGACCUUGAGGAGUAUGAUACUGCUAGUCUUGUUUUGAGUGUUGAAGGGGAGUAUACAGAUCCCCAUCGUGGCGAUUUAGGAUUCCAGUAUAUUUCAAGACCACUACCUUUGAAGGGACCAAUGUUGGCCACAGGUCCAGGCACCUACGCUGUGUCUGUGGGCACUGACUCGGCCUUCGAAAAGUAUUUUAAGGAUAUGCGGUCCUUUAGAGAGGAAAUUAGAACGAGACUUGAUUGUGGAUAUCGAGCUCUUAAUGAUGCGACAAGAAGUUAUCGAAGUCUGUAUAGCUCCCUUAAAGCUCUGCCACCCACUGAAUCAUCUCCCCGUUCAUAUCAGAAAUCGUACCCCUCUGUAAGUUACAGAAAACGCCUAGAGGAUGGGUCUGAAGACCAACUUGUCAUAUAUCCAUUAAGCCAAAGAUCUAGAGGAGCGUCCCCAGUAACGAUGACAAGGGACGAGUCACCGGACAGGUCCAGAACCGUGGCAGUAUAUGAGAGUACAGGGGAAGACAAUAGGAUCUCCACUCUCGAUAAAAUCAAAAUCAAGGCGGCACUUGUUGGAAGCAAAGUGGACGUAGUCCUCCCAAAACAUAAAAGACCCAAGUCAAAAUACGCAGCCACUGUCAUCAGGGAAAUUAAUUUAAGGAAACACACAAGUGGCGAAGAGGGAUCCGCCGAGCCAGAAAUCCCCACAAGUCAUCUGCACGCUUCACCAAGGCCGGCUUAUGUAUCAGGGGGCAGGUACUUCGGCGAUACUGAGGACAUCGUGAAAAAACCUAAGAAUGAUAUUCUCUCCUGGAAGCAUCGUCUCGAGUCUCGUAUUGCACCGAAAGACCUUCUCUUUACCCCCAAGGUGUAUGCUAACGUCCGAUCACAGUUACGGGACGUCCAAGAAAAAAUGGACCGUCACCGCCAAUUAAUGGACCGGUAUUUAGACGCAGAUUCUAUAUCUACUGACACAGAUAUCAAGACAAAAGUCUUGGCAAUGUAUAGUGAAAUGGAGGAGAGAGAUCCAUUUUUUUACAGGGGAAUCUUUUCUACCGCUACUACUAGAAGCUCGGCCCCAGUCACGGAAAGCAGUUCAAUACCAUCGGUACGAGCUCAUACACCUGCUCCUAGCACUUUUCGCUAUGUCCGUGUGCCUACGAAGUCGAAGGACGAUGACUACAAACCAAUGUCAGAAGUACGCAGGCGCGUAAGACGGGUUAUAUGCAAGAAUAGAAGGGAUCCUCUCUACUUCAAAUAAUGUCCUAUUUCAGGAAUAUAAGAUUCCCACGUGGAAAAAGGUCCAAUCCAACAAUUGUGAAUUUCUGCCUCCUUGGUUCUGUUAUUGACGGAACAACCCUACCACUUCAGAUUCUUACUAAAGUAUGUUAUUCGAAUGUAUAUAUUAGCCUUCACCAUUGGUAGUGUUUGAUUCUCGUUAAAACGCACCCUCAUAGCACACCUCCCUUACUCGCACCAUUUUCAUUACUUUCUUUUUUCAUUUUCAGGUAAGAAAGUCUUCCUCUCUGUGUUGCAUGACCACUUGUGUUUGCUACUAGGACUAUAGAAAAACGCUGAAAAUGUUGAGCUGAAGAAAAUAUAAAACACAGAGAAAAAUUUAAACUAUGAAUUAAAAGUUUUAAAAUUUACUAUAAACAAAACAGUUUUUUUUUAUUGCUCUAUGCUUUCAAUAUGAUCACUUCAUCUCAACAUACCAGUAUUUACUUGUGAGUUAACCAUUAAUAUCUGUAAAUUUAUGUCAAAUGAAAUUGGUGAGUAAGUUGUCAUUCUAAUUUUAAAAGUGAAUUUCUUUUAUUUUUACCUAUUUCAUUUUAAAAUGAUACGAAUUCUAACUUAUAUGUAUUUUUUUUUUGUAUUGAAAUCGUUCUUACAACAAAUGUUUUUAUUUUCUCUAGGUUAGAUAAGAAGAUGUAAUAAUAUACUUUCACGACAUCCUGACUUCAACGGAGGAUAUCGACCCGACUUCUCGCCAUCAACCGGCGCAUAAGACUUUAUUUAUACAUAAUUUAUUAUGGACAGAUGUACUAUAUUUCUGCUUUCUGGUGAAACAACUGUAAAUAAAUAUGAUAUUGCUUGAAAUCUAUGUGAUAUAGAAAGAUUUUUUACUGUUUUUUCAACAAGGCGACAUUUGUGAUACCAUAUCUUGAGUUUUGACAACGAAGGAAAAUAGUUGUUCACGUCAGGUAACCGUUUCGUUUGGACCUCCGUACAUCCUCUUUCGUUUCGCUAGUUUUUAAUGGAAGAUUGGACGAUGAAAAUUUCCAACGCCCCUUUCAGUUGCAAACGAGACUUUGUAUAGAGGUAGUUCUGUAAAUGGAAUAUGUGUUUUCCUGCUUACCGUGCGGUUUGUUUUUUGUAAAAAUUUGGAAAAAUUGUAAUUUAUUUAGAUGAUGUCUCGACAUUUAUUGUUACCAUGGCAUUGAAGCUACAUUAAAAGUCAAAGUUUAAAA